GUGGAGGGCUGAUACAUUCAUAGAAUCCAAAACGGGAAAACCCAAAGCAUCAUCCGUCCCACGAGGCUUUGCGUCGAUGUCUAUCCACUCCUUAUCCAAAUUAUUAAAAAUCAGUUAAAAGCUCCUAUUAACGUUUUUAUUUACCAUUUUUCCUAUUUUGUUUUUGUUUUUUUGUUUUAUAGAAAUUAAAGAAAAUGAAAAAAAUAAGAGGGCUCUUCUUCUUCAGUCACCAGAUAUCUCGCUCGCAGGAUUGUCCACAACUCCCAUUCAAUUUAGCGUGAAAUCGAAGCUAGAAUCAAGCUCUAAUUGUGGAAGAGAUUCGGUCUUCUAUUUUUUAUUGCUUGAUGCGGGUUGAUUUGCGCGUCGUAUUGUUGCUGUUGAUGUUUUUAUUUUGCAUGAAUCGGUGCAAGAUUUGGUGAAGUUUGAGAUAUAUAGGUGCUAAAUUCGUGGGUUUAGUGAUGUUGUCUGGGAAUGACCCGGUCGAAUCCUUCUUUAACUCGCUUCAAGUUGUUAAAGAAGCACUUUCGCCAAUUGAAUUGGGUCUACAAAAAGCUGCGAAAGACCUGGAGCAUUGCUGGUCAGGUUCUAAGAACGGGACCAAUAAUCUGGAUGUUCUUAAACAACUGAAUGGUGUUGAUAAGAUUAAUACAAAGGUUCAGAUCUGCUCCGUGAAGAAGAAAAAUGCACAGUAUGUGGUUCCUGAUGAGAGGAAGAAAGGUUUGUCUAUCAGGUUACCCAUCAAGACAUUUUUUGGAAUGUUUUUGCCCAACUCUGGGACUAAUUGCCAUAAGAAGGAGGCAUCGAAGGGAGAGAUGAAAGAUAGAGAUUUUGAUAAAGAAGAUGGGUCUUGUGUGAAUUGCUUGCAAUUUGCGUUGUCUUGGUCUCUGUUGCUUAAUAGUUUUGCUCAGGCUUUUCCGAGUCCAUUUAAAAUGGGUAAGAAGCGGUUUCAGAAAUCAAAUAAUGAAGAUGGGACACGGGCACAUUCAUGCACAGAAGUAUCACAAUCGAGGGUUAUGUGUGAAUGGAAGCAGAGGCCAUCAAAUUGUCAGUCUGUUAGAGCAUUUCAGAACGAUGUUAAGACCGAUAAAGAAGAAAAACACACAUCACUAGAAUGCUUUAUAGGCUUUAUUCUUGACCAGUUCAAUCAAAAUUUGCAGAAGUUUGAUCAGGGUUUGCAAGACAGGAGUCAAAAGAGUUGUGAUACUUCUAAACCUUCUUCGUCCCCCCAGUUUGAUCACCUAAAGGCAGUUACAGGUAUUUUGGAAGGUAAAAAGGUAGAUGUCAAUGGAUUUUUGGGAAAUUUAAGAUUUGCAAGAGUGGGAGGUGCGCCGUCAAGCAUCAUUGGAGUAGAUUCUCCAGUCAAAGAAGAGGGUGAUGAUAGCGAUGGUACAGGUGGUAGGGAAGAAUCAGGUGGCAGUUCGCCACAGAAGCUGGCUAAUGGGUUACUCAGCAUUCCUUUAUCAAAUGUUGAGCGUUUGAGAUCAACACUAUCGACUGUUUCACUGGCAGAAUUAAUUGAGCUUGUUUCACAGUUAGGUCGGCCUUCUAAAGACUAUCCUGACAAGAAGAAACUGUUCUCUGUCCAGGAUUUCUUCAGAUACACAGAGGCUGAAGGGAGGAGGUUCUUUGAGGAGCUGGACAGAGAUGGCGAUGGUCAAGUAACUCUGGAAGAUCUUGAAAUUGCAAUGAGACAGAGAAAACUUCCACGGAGAUAUGCUCGGGAAUUCAUGCGCCGCACUAGAAGUCACUUAUUUUCAAAAUCAUUUGGCUGGAAACAAUUCUUGUCCCUGAUGGAACAGAAGGAACCAACCAUACUUAGAGCUUAUACUACUCUGUGUUUGAGCAAGUCAGGGACACUGCAAAAAAGUGAAAUAUUGGCAUCACUAAAAAAUGCAGGACUUCCUGCAAACGAGGACAAUGCUGUCGCUAUGAUGCGUUUUCUGAAUGCAGACACAGAAGGAUCAAUUUAUUAUGGGCAUUUCCGGAAUUUUAUGCUUUUACUCCCUUCAGAUCGACUUCAAGAUGAUCCUCGGAGUAUAUGGUUUGAAGCUGCUACUGUUGUUGCUGUUGCACCACCAGUAGAAAUACCUGCUGGGAGUGUUCUGAAAUCUGCAUUGGCAGGCGGCCUUUCUUGUGCCCUUUCUACCUCUUUAAUGCACCCUGUCGAUACAAUAAAGACUCGAGUGCAAGCAUCAACACUCUCCUUCCCAGAAAUUAUCGCAAAGCUUCCACAAAUUGGAGUCCGAGGAUUAUACAGAGGCUCCAUCCCUGCAAUCCUUGGACAAUUUUCAAGCCACGGCUUGAGAACUGGAAUUUUUGAAGCGAGUAAGCUUUUGCUAAUAAAUGUCGCCCCAACAAUCCCCGAAAUUCAGGUUCAAUCUUUAGCAUCAUUUUGUAGCACAGUCUUGGGGACGGCAGUGCGAAUCCCAUGUGAAGUAUUGAAGCAACGUUUGCAGGCAGGCAUCUUUGACAAUGUGGGAGAGGCUAUUGUGGGUACUUGGCAUCAAGAUGGUCUUAAGGGUUUCUUUCGUGGGACUGGUGCUACUCUUUGCCGAGAAGUUCCGUUUUAUGUUGCUGGUAUGGGCCUCUAUGCAGAGUCCAAAAAGGUUGCCCAGCAGCUUCUGCAGAGGGAUUUGGAGCCCUGGGAAACAAUUAUAGUUGGGGCUUUAUCUGGAGGGCUAGCUGCUGUUGUCACAACACCUUUUGAUGUUAUGAAAACUAGAAUGAUGACUGCUGUGCCAGGUCGGCCUGUGUCAAUGUCAAUGGUAGCUUUUUCCAUUCUCCGUCAUGAAGGACCCCUUGGCUUAUUCAAAGGAGCACUACCCAGGUUUUUUUGGAUUGCUCCUCUGGGUGCCAUGAACUUUGCAGGGUAUGAGCUAGCAAGGAAGGCCAUGGACAAAAAUGAGGAACCAGCUUGUGAUCGGCUUUCACAAAAGAAGUUGGCCAGUUCUGGAUAAAUCUUCCUUCAAGUGAGAUCAUUAUAUCUACUGCAGCUUGUGUAAUUUUUUUGUUUUUUUUUUUUGGGGGGUUCUGCUUUGAUGGUAAUUGAAUGCUGCCAGAAAAUUUUGAUUUUUUCCCGCAAGUUUCACAGCAGCACAUGUUUCAAUAUCUGUCGACACAUCUAUCUUUUUUGCCAAAGAUAACUUCUCAUAGUUUCUUGUUUUGAACUUCAGAUUUGCCAUUUACCACUGAAUGGCAUUGCACAUAUGUUCUUGCUUUUAUUUUGUAAUUUGACUUACACUUCUAAAAACGUUGUACAUUUAUGUGCAGUCAAUCCUAAUAUUUUGUCUUCAAAA